UAUUAUUAUCGUCCAUCAAUAAUAUCAAUUAUUCCUUCAUUCCAUUUCCCGUUGCCGGCGGCAUACCCUGAAUUAUCCAGCUCGCCGUGGCAGCAGCUGGAAUAUAAUAGAAUUGGGAGAAAUUACAGGAUAUAAAUGAGUUUUCAAGAUCUAGAAUCGGGUCGUGGAAGUGGUGGGGCCCGGAGGGGGUAUGUAAAUGGGAAGCAGGAUCCAUCACAGGCGGUGGCGUCUGGUAUUUUUCAGAUCAACACCGCCGUUUCCACCUUCCACCGCCUCGUUAACGCCCUCGGUACUCCCAAGGAUACCCCCGAGCUCCGCGAAAAGCUGCAUAAAACACGGCUACAUAUAGGACAAUUGGUGAAGGAUACAUCAGCUAAACUUAAGCAAGCUAGUGAGACAGACCAUCGUGUUGAAGUCAGUGCGAGCAAAAAAAUAACAGAUGCUAAAUUAGCAAAAGACUUUCAAGCAGUUCUAAAAGAGUUUCAGAAGGCUCAGCGCCUUGCAGCCGAGAGGGAGACAUCGUAUACUCCUUUUGUUCCCCAAGCAGUACUUCCUUCUAGUUACACAGCUGGUGAGAUAGAUGUAAGUUCAGAUAAGACUCCAGAACAGCGAGCUCUUCUCGUGGAAUCUAGAAGGCAAGAGGUUUUGUUGUUGGACAAUGAGAUUGCUUUCAAUGAGGCAAUUAUAGACGAAAGAGAUCAGGGGAUACAAGAUAUACAACAGCAAAUUGGUGAAGUGAAUGAGAUUUUCAAGGAUCUUGCUGUACUGGUUCACGAGCAAGGAACUAUGAUUGAUGAUAUUGGGUCAAGUAUCGAGGGUGCCCAUGCUGCAACUGCUCAGGGAAAAUCACAGCUUGUCAAAGCAUCAAAGACACAGCGCUCAAAUUCAUCUCUGACUUGCUUGCUACUGGUGAUUUUUGGCAUCGUGCUUCUUAUAGUUAUUAUAGUACUUGCUGCCUAAUAACCUAAGCUGAGGAGGAGCUGCUCUUCUCUAAGGAUUCAUGCCAAUCUGGAAAUAUGGUACUCUAUAUAUUAUAUACAUGUAUUAUUAUUUAUUUAUCUAUUUAUUUAUUUAUUCAUUUACAAGUAAGUUGACAAGGCAGAGUGCAUAUAUAUAUAUACACUGUUGAAGUGUGUUAUUCUUUUGCUUCUUGAAUGAAAUAGUGUAUGUUGAAUUUUAUAUAAAUUGCAUUUCCCUCGAUUAUAGUGUAGGAGUAGCCAGUAGGACACAUUUAUUUCAAUAGUAAAUUCAGUGUUAUGGUUUCAUGUUA